AUACUGAAAUUGAUUGAUUCUGCAUUUCUGCAGGCAGCAGUAAGCAAUUUUUUACCUUAUUAAUUUUAGUAAAUUAAUUAUUGACAACUAACUGUACCUACUGCCAGUUAUUGCUUUUAACAAUACGUGCGAACGUAACAUCCUCUCAAUUUUAUUUUGUGCGUUUUAAGUUAUUUUAUUUGAUAUUGUAGCGUGUACAUAUCGAGAAAUGUGUACUUAUAUAAAAGGCUUUUGAGGCAGAAAACAAGUGCGCACUUAAGCCCUUCCCAAGUAUAAGUAAGUAGUGUCUCCGAUUACGGCUUGGGAAAAACUUCAACAGAAUCUACAUGGAGAAGACUUUCAUCAGAUUUAUAACGAUCAUUUUCCAAUUGAAGUGAGGCAGUUGUUAUCCCCAUGGUUUGAAACUAAAGCUUGGACUGAAAUUGAUCCAGAUAAUUUAGAGCAUGAAGGUUAUAUUAAAGGUUUAUUUGUGUCUUUUGUGGAUGAAUUAGUAUCUAAAGCUAAUUCUAUGGUAACUAAUGAACAGUUUGUCAGUAAACUGAAACUAAUUGAUACAGCAAAAUUAUAUAAAGAAAAGUACUCUCAAAACCCAAAAGAGUUGAUAAGAAUAAUUAAAAAGUGUUUGGAAUCAGAAUCCAUAAUGGCUCAACAAAAUAAUUCUCUAAUGGAAGUCAAUGUAAAAUCUUCUCAAGAAUUAGAAAACAUUGAAAUUACGCAACAGAUGGACUUGAUAAGUAACCAUAUUACGCAUACAAAUGAGAUUCGCAUUACAAUCCAAUCGGACAUUGAUUCUUUUAAUAUUUUAUACUCUGAAUGUUCUAAAUGUUCUCAACAUCUACAACACAUGAGAAAUCAAAGAAUGAGCAUUCCUCAAGGACCCGAAAUUGAACGUAAAUUAAAACAGGAAAAAGAAUUGUAUGAAGGACAAUUAAAGACUCAAUCAUUAAGUCUUAACAAUGCUCUUUGUGUCUACAUAAACAAACUUAACGAAUCAUUAAAUUUGCUCAGCCCUGUUCAAGCUCAUAUUAUUGAUAAGGCAUUAAUUCAGUGGAAACGUGAACAACAGUUGGCUGGUAACGGAUAUAAAUACAUGAAAGAUAUAGAUGUCAUACAAACUUGGUGUGAGAAAUUAUGUGAUUUAAUAUGGAUAACUCGUUCACAAAUUAAAGAAGCUGAUCGUUUCAGAGUGAAUUUGGGUCGUUAUUUUGAAUUACCUCAGUCUUGUGAAAUAAUUAAUACUCUUCUUGAUAUGACAACACAAUAUCUUUCAUCAUUAGUGGCAAGUACUUUUGUCAUCAUAACUCAACCACCUCAAGUAUUAAAAACUAAUACAAGAUUUGUAGCUGAAGUUCGUCUAUUAAUUGGAGGAAAACUCAAUAUUCAUAUGACAUCACCUGUGGUUAAAGUAUCUAUAGUCAGUGAAUCUCAAGCGAACCAAAUAAUUGGAAGAAAUAAACCAGAUGGAGAAUCUUGUGGUGAAAUAUUAAACUGCACUGGAAAAAUGGAAUAUCAACCAGUGCAGAGACAUUUGUCAACCAAUUUCCGAAGUAUGCAACUAAAGAAAAUUAAGCGUACUGAAAAAAAAGGCACAGAAUCUGUUAUGGAUGAAAAAUUUUCGAUUUUAUUUUCUUCCAAAUUUUUCAUUGGUAAUGAACUCCAAUUUGAGGUGUGGAAUUUGUCAUUACCUGUGGUAGUUAUUGUGCAUGGGAAUCAAGAUCCUCAUGCUUGGGCUACUGUAACUUGGGAUAAUGCUUUUGCUGAACCUGGCCGUGUUCCAUUUAAUGUUCCCGAUAAAGUACCAUGGAGAAAUGUGGCAGAAGCUUUAAACAUGAAGUUUUCUGCAGCUACAGGUCGUGGUCUCUCAGAAGAAAGCUUGACAUUUUUGGCAGAAAAAGCUUUUAGAAUGCAAAAUGUGGAUUUUAAUCAUAUGGUUUUGUCAUGGUCACAAUUUUGUAAAGAACCAUUGCCACAAAGAAGUUUCACAUUUUGGGAAUGGUUUUAUGCCGUGAUGAAAAUAACUAGAGAACAUCUAAAAGGUCCUUGGACUGAUGGUGCCAUCAUGGGAUUCAUAAGGAAGUCUGAUGCAGAAGAGAUGUUAACAAGAUAUGCUACGGGUACAUUUUUAUUAAGAUUUUCUGAUUCAGAACUAGGUGGGCUAACUGUUGCCUGGGCUGGAUCCAAUGAUUCAGAUGCCUAUAGUUUACAUCCUUUCUCAGCUAAAGAUUUAUCAAUUCGAAACUUGGCUGAUAGACUAUUGGACUUGCCAUAUCUUACAAAGUUAUAUCCUGAUAUUGAUAAAAAUCAAGCAUUCGGAAAAUACUAUACACAACCACCAAAUAUUAGCACACCUGUUACAAGUAAUGGAUAUUUAAAACCAUUACUAGUUACGCAUGUUCCUGGUUGGGGCGGACCUGGAACCAACGGACAAGGAAUGAAUAGCUAUCCAAACACUCCUCAGAACCACAUGUUUCAUGUAAACAGCCCUGGAAAUUGUAGCAUUAGAGAAACGUCAUCAGUGCACAGUGAACCAGUAAAUAAUAUGAUGGCAUUUGGAAAUGAUUCCUUAGAAAUGGAUUUUUCUUCGAACUUAAAUGACAUAUCGCAUGUGGAUGAAGCGUUUUUUUAAAAGUAAUUUAGAUAUGUUAUCUUAUAGUCUAGAUUAGGUAAACCAUUCAAUGUCAUAAUGAUUAAAGUAUGCAUUAAACUGCUUGUGUUAGUGUGAAACUUUGAUAUAUUUCCUUAAUUUUUUUUGUUUAUAAUUUUUAGUAUAUAAAUUAUUGACAUACAUAUUUUACUCAAUUGUUAUGAACAAACCUUUUUCAAACCAAUUUUAGUGUAUAGUUUUAUUAUUAUUUUUUAUCAUUGAUUUAUUAUUUCUUUUAUUUGAAAUAUGCAUUUAUUAUUAUUACCUUAGAUUAAUUAUUAUUUGUGUAUAUUAUUAAAAAUAAUUUUUGUGAUCAUCAAGUCCUUAUGGUGCUUAGUUAACAAACUGCUUCGUUUCGCUGUUAUUACUUAUUUUAUUAUUAUUAUUAUUAUUAUAUUUAUAUUUAAAUAUUAUGUCAAAACAUUAUUCCGUCAAUAUUGAUCAGGUAAUUAUUUUGGUUUUAUACUUAAAUAUAUCUUUAGUAUGUAGUUGUAGUUAUUCGUAUGUUGUUAUUUGCAUUGAUGUAUACAUUACUGUUAAAUCACUUAGAAUGUCUGCUUUUUUUUUAUAUAGCUAAUUUCAUUUUUGAGUAAAAUAAUUAUCGAUGUUUUUCACCUUUUGUAUCAACUAUUAUUUCUGAAUUUUAAAUGGUAACUUUUUUACUUUUUCAUACAUUUUUUUUUAAUACAAAGUGUGUACAACAAUGGUAUUAGUCAAAUUGACAUUCUUGGUGAUUUUCCUUGAAUAGUUUGUUUAUAAAACAAUAAUGUACUUAAAAACCUAUGGUUUCUUAUGUUUGAACAAUUUUAUCAUCGAAAUAUUUUUACAUACACAAUAUUUUAUUAUUAUAUAAGUAUAUUUGUAUUGUUUAUUUAUUAGAUCAUAUAUUGUAAUUUUGUAUUCAAAAUUAUUUCCUUACUAAUUUAAAUAUUAACAUACUCUUACACAUUUAAUUUAAUGAUAUAGUAUGCACAAACUUUAUAAAUUAAAUUAAAUUUGAAUAGAUAGCAAAUAGCAAUGUAUAAAAAUAAAUAUUGAAUUUUAUCUUUUAUCCUAUAAAUUGUUUGUUCUUGUUUUUUUGAAAACUUAACUUUUUAUAAAGUUUGUUCUUAAUACUUAACUAGCUUCAUAAAAUUUAAUUAGUUUUAAUAUUUAAAGGGGAUUGAUAGUGGUUAUUUACUUGUUAGUUACACUAAGACAAUUUUGUAUUCAUGCAUUUUGAUUGCGAGAACUAAAUGACUAUUAACUAUUAAGAAUGAAUAGAUAUUUUUGAAACAUGUACCCAUAAACAUACAUAACAGUACAGUUACUUUUUCAAUCAAUAAAAAUUUGUUAUGUUAAUUUCAAGAUAUUAAUUGACUUAAAGAUCCAAUAAAAAUGUUUAAAACCAACUCGAAUUUGACUCUUUUAGUGUGGCUACUUACUGAAGAUUGUCUUUUCACAUUUUGUUUUCAAUAAAUAAUAAUAAUAAUAAUAAUAACUUAGAGCAACUAAGAGGGUAAAAUUAAAAGUCAAACUCAUUCAAAUUUGUAUAAACUUAAAAAAUUUUAAGAAUUCUAACCCAAUCUCCUUGGGUUCUCAAGUGGUUACUUAUUGCCUUCUUGGUAAUACCUCAUUACCAUGAUCAUUGGAAUAAAAAUAUGUAGUACUUGAUACGUGUAAAAAGCUGCAUUCAAUCCCUUUCAUUUAAUUUAGAAUAUAUAUUUAAUGAAUUCAAAUUGUUGCUUUUCAAAAACGUAUGUUUGUUAUGUUUUAUAAUAAUUAUGGUUUAUACUUAAAUAUGGAUGUAUGUAUUAAAUGUGUUUUUUUAACAAUGAGGAAAUACCUAAAAUUGUAUUUUUUAAUUAAAUAUUGGUGUUUAUAUUUUAA